GGCGACAUAGGAACGUGUUGAACAAGUGACACUUUUCGCCGGUUUUCAGUGCUAUUUUAUGGGAAAAAUACCCAGUGGAUUUUCGUGAAAAUACGCUCAAAGUAUUGUUUGGGGCUCAGCUCGUCUGGGGAGUGUGGAAAUUCCGGUGUGGUGCUUCUGAUUGAGGUGUGAGAGGUGGUUGAAAAUUUGCUUGAAUUCGUGCUCCGGUGGCAGCCAUUUCCGGAGAGAUCAUUCACACUCUCAGUGGCGAAAAAAAAUUCUCAGAAGCGCUCUCUGGCUAGAAAAGGACACCCAGGGGUGGCGAUUCAGUGUUGGAAUUUCAACAACCCUCAGGUCACAAACACAACCGAGGCGCAAUCUAGAGCGAAGGGGAAUUUCCGUGCAGCCAAAGAGAGAAGAGGCAAAAAAGGGACGCCGAGUGAAUUCCCUCGCUUACAGAGUUCCCUUCUUUGUGACUGUCGAUCAGUGCCUUGUGGAAUCUCGGGCUUGCCUUGCCACAUAGUGAGAGAGGGAGAGUGAUUGCCGACUGCAGAGGAGUCCUGUUGUGCAUGAUAAGGGCGGCGCCCCCAAAGGAGCAUUGCGCCAUUUAACCAUCUUCUGUGCUUUGUGCCCUUGCAGUUGCGCGUGAUCUUUUGCCGCUUUUCUGUGUCUUAAGAGUGUUCCGUGGCCCUAAAUCAUCGCGGAGUCGCUGCAUAGAAGUCAGGGCGUGAGUGUGCGGAGCUCUAGAGCACCCCACGCGGCAGCUGCCAAGAUAUGGAGAGUCAUAGCAGUCCCGAGGAUGUGGCUCGAAAGGUGGUGGCUGUAAAGAGAAAACGAAGAAGUACAACAGACGGCAAAAAUGCCGAAUACUGCCGGCCGGCGAAGCAACGGAGGGACCGAGACCCACUGUCGCCCUUCGAGUCAGUUGGCAGUUGCAAUUGCUCGGACACGACGUCCAGCUCCUCGCCUGCGAUGUCUGAUGUGUACAGCACUAGUGUGGAGUGCAGUCUCUCUAGUCCGGCCUCGGUGGCCAACACGCUCAGUCCGUCGGGCAGUGAGGAUGUGGAGAAUGCCGGGGAAGUGUCUGCGGACGUGUGGGCGGGCGAGCAGACGCCGCACGCGCGCAAGAAGCUGAAGACGCAGAGGGUGGAGGAGAGUCCGGCGCAGAGCGGAAGCUACUACACGGCGCCAAGUGUGGAGCGAAAGUGUCCGCUGCCGGAGUUCUCAUGGGCGAGUGGCACGGCGCUGUGGCGAAACAUGAUCAACAAGGAUAAGCACGACUGGCUGGAGAGGGAACCCAACAUGUUGAACAAGCAUCCGGGACUGAUGCCACGGAUGCGGGCAAUUCUGCUUGACUGGCUGAUCGAGGUGUGCGAUGUCCACAAGCUCAAGAGGGAGACAUAUUCCUUGGCCAUGGACUACAUCGAUCGCUAUCUCUCGCGAAACACAGCUGUGUCCAAGACGAGGUUACAGCUAGUCGGUGUGACGUGUCUGUUUGUGGCCGCAAAGGUUGAGGAAAUCUACCCGCCCAAGAUUGGAGAAUUUGCCUACGUGACUGAUGGUGCGUGCAGUGAGAGUGACAUUCUUCAGCAGGAGCUUCUUCUUCUGCAGUCUCUGGAUUGGAAUAUGAGUACAGUGACUGUGAUGGGAUGGCUAACCAUCUACAUGCAGAUUCAUGUGACAGAUCCAUCAAAGCUGUGGAAGAAGACACCUGCCGUUCGUCCAUGCACGGCACCAUCGUCAAUGCUGCAGGUAAAUCCGGAAGCGGUGGCCUCGCUCCUCACUCCGGACAAGUGCACUCCCGUGAAGGAGCUGGUAAUUGCAGAGACGACGGACGAUGCCUUCGUAUAUCCGCAGUUUUCUGGCAUGGAGUACACGCACACUUGCCAACUGCUGGAUCUCUGCUCGCUGGACAUGGGCAUCCUCAACUUUCCCUACUCAGUCGUCGCCUCGGCGGCCAUUAGUCAUGUUUAUAGCAAGAAAGUCGCCACGCGAGUGUCUGGCUUGGAAUGGGAAGAUAUUGAAGCAUGUGCUAAAUGGAUGGAGCCUUUCUUCAAAGUGAUCAGUGACGAUCCGAGUACAAUUUUCCAUCUGGAGCAGAGCGAAACGUUGCCAGUGUCAUAUGGCGUUGGACAUUUCUGCCCAAAUGCCAACACAGAUGAAUCUUACAAGAUUCAGACGCACACAAUAUCGCUGGAGAUGUUUGAUAAAGUCAUUCAGCGACGCGAGGAGGAGGCGCGAAUGCUUGAGCAGCAACAACUGAUGAUGGAGCGACAUGUGGCGGUCAAUCAAGAGGCCUCGCCGGCCGUGCUGUCAGACUCCUGUCCUGUUGGCCUCCUAACGCCGCCGGCGUCCAACAGGAAGAGCCUGGAUGUACAACUGGAUUCGGAGAGCAAAGACACGCGCAAGACUUAACGCGCAUUGUCUGGUGAAA